AACAUCCGGAAGUGCGUCCGGUCUAAUGCCGAGUAGCGGGAGGUAGUGGCUGUGUAUCACUCACACACUCACUCGCUUUUCUUUGGGAUCAUUUACAAAAUUUAGCUAGUUGCCGAAGUUGUUUGAUCUUCCACCAUGUCAGUACUAUGUUACAACAAGGGAUGUGGACAACGAUUUGAUCCGGAGAAUAACCCAGACGAUGGGUGUACCUAUCAUCCCGGAGUCCCAGUAUUCCAUGAUGCAUUAAAGGGAUGGUCCUGCUGCAAGAGAAGAACUACAGAUUUCUCAGACUUCCUCAGCAUUGUUGGCUGUACAAAAGGUCCCCACAACAAAGAGAAGCCUCCUGAGCCGGUGAAACCGGAUGUGACAUCAUCAGGAGAAAAGAAAGAAUCAGAUGAACAAAGACCAAAGUUUAACGAGUACAUCAUCUCUGCACCAAAGCCUCAAGAGGCGAUAUGCAGACCAAGUCCUGAUGAGCCGAUGGUGAGAAUGCAGCAUAAAAUUUCUGCUUCUCUGAAGACAGCUCUGGAGAAACUGAAGUUGUCUGAAAAUGCAGCUGAAAAGAAGGAGGAAGAUAGUGACGAGAUCAAGAUUGGAACAUCGUGCAAAAACGGAGGAUGUACUAAAAGCUUUGAUGGAUCUGCAAGCAAUUCUGAUGUGUGUCUGUACCACGCUGGAUUCCCCAUCUUCCAUGAAGGGAUGAAGUACUGGAGUUGCUGCAAGAGGAAAACCUCCGACUUUAACACUUUCCUCUCUCAAGAGGGCUGUACCAAGGGAACACAUCUAUGGAGGAAAAAGGAUGCGGGGAAGAAAGUUGUUCCAUGUCGGUUUGACUGGCACCAAACUAGUACACAGGUCAUCAUCUCAAUCUACGCUAAGAAUUCCAUCCCAGAGCUAAGCUACGUGGACGCAAACAGCACCACACUCAACAUCCAUGUUAUAUUUGAGGGAGAGAAGGAAUUUGAGCAGAAAAUCAGUUUGUGGGGGGUGAUUGACGUGAGUAAGAGUGUGAUAAACAUGAUGGCGGCCAAGAUCGAGGUCGCUAUGAAGAAAUCCGAACCCAUGUCGUGGGCUCGUCUGGACCUUCCCCCUCCCGUUACACCUCCCAAGGAGGAGGAGAAGAAAACAGAGGAAGAUGAUUGUGACGACGAAGAGGAAAGUUGAAAAAUGAAGUGCAAAAGAGAUAUUUUAGCUGAAUCUAAGGCCCCACAGGCUAUUCUUUACCUCUACACAAGUCAACUCUUACUCUGUGAAAGAACUUUGGCCUUGACUCCUCAGCACUAUGGUUUGCCCAACCUGUUGUAAUCAAAGUACUCAGUUUUUGAUUCUUCCAUUUUAGGUCCUCAAUCAGUCAUAAUAGAGAUCUUAAUGCUUAACAGCCUUCAAGUGUUUUUUUCCAGUAAGUACUGAAUAAUAAUAGGAGGGAAACUUCUGCUGACUUUCAAAAGUCACAUACGUCAUCUGUUAAAUUGUGCUGUUAUACCAACAAAAGAACAGAUAAGAUUUAUAUGUGCCCAUACUUCACUCAGACCCACAAAGCCUUUUAUUUUUAUUUUCAUGGACUACAUUAUGUCAUCUUUAAGGACCACAAUCUUAACUAUUUUUGAGAUGUUUUUUCUGUACAUUUCUACUUGUCAUGUUUGGCACAUCUGAAGUGGUAUAUCACAGUUGUUUGCUUUUAUUGUCUUUUUUUUUAUUCAUUCCUUUGGUUAACUAAUUUGUAUAAAUUAUUGCAUUGUUUUGUCCAUCAGUGUCACAUCAGACUUGUCCUCAUGAAUAUACUGUAUACCUGUAUGUGGGAGAUUAAAGCUGCUCCAUGUAGUACUGAGAAACAUCUGACACCUGAAAUUUCCACACUUUUAUCAUAUGGGAUUGAUUUCGAGUAACUAAUGUUUAAAAAAUAAAAAAAAAAAAUUAAAAAAAGCCUAGAAGAUCUGUUGGACUCUAGAAAGUAAAUUAAAACAUUAGCUGUGUGGCAGGCAUGCUUCAACUUUUAAAGCCAUUUCAGUUUAAAUACAAACGAAUAUGCUCAAAAUGCAAGUUUUUACAUCAUUAUAAUGUAUAUUUUGUACAAUUCUGCUGUCACACUUUUGCUGUAUUUAUGCCCUCAUCAAACAACAGUGAAGUUUUAAUAAUUAGAAUGUAUUAUAUGUGAGAAUGCCAUUUGAUUACAAAAUGUUCUGAACAAAGUACUGUAAUUACUGUAAAAUUUGCUAGACAGCAUGCAUCAGGGCAUGGAAUGUAAAAAGACAGCGACCAUUACGUAUCGGGGAACCACUUUAUCGUACCAAAAAUAAAUUUUUGUGGUGAAAUUUUUG